AUGCUGUGCUUUGCUUUCGCUCAGGCUCUACCUCUACCUCUACCUCCCCAUCGACGCUUCCACGGACAAAUCGGAAUGCCCAUGCCCACCCUCCCUUUGCUAUCACUUCACCUCUCAAUCCCAAUCUUCCAACAACACCAACACCAACAAACUCCAUCCCAUUUUAUAUCUUAUAUAAAAAGGACCCACUCUUCCCCAUCUCUUGUCAUCCCUUUCAUUCCUGGUUCCAACCUCUUGUACUCUCAUCACCCACCCAUACACUCACUCUCACUCUCACUCCCACCUACCAUGAGUGCUAACGAUACGCUGGUCGAUUCUGCCACCGCAACUGCAGCUUCCUUCGCUGCCUCAUCCACAGACAUCUUCAACUCAAACAGUUGGAACUUCGUCCCAACUGUAGAUAGACCCUUCUUCAACAUCUACCUAUGGGACCACUUUGACCGUAUCGCCACUUGGGUAUCAAACGGCAAAUUCAUCCCUUCACAAUUCACCUUCGAACAAGGCAAAGGCUUACCACUAAGUGAAUUGAACUCUGCUCUGAUCGCCAUCGCCCUAUACUAUGUCAUCAUCCUGGGUGGUAGCAAAGUUAUGCAAAAAAGACAAAACCCCGUCUCUUUCAACUACAUCUUCCAAUUGCAUAACCUUUUUUUGACUUUUGCCUCUUUCACCCUUUUGAUCCUGAUGGUAGAACAACUAUUCCCAAUCAUCUACAGAAAUGGUAUCUUCUACGCCAUUUGCAACUACGGAAGUUGGACCCAACCAAUGGUAACCUUAUACUAUUUGAACUAUUUGGUCAAAUAUUAUGAAUUCAUAGACACUUUCUUUUUGGUUUUGAAGAAGAAAAACUUGACUUUCUUACACACUUACCACCACGGUGCAACCGCCUUAUUGUGCUACACCCAAAUCGUAGGUGCCACCAUCGUCUCAUGGGUACCAAUCACUUUGAAUUUGGCCGUCCACUGUCUAAUGUACUGGUAUUAUUUCUUAGCCGCAAGAGGUAUCAGAGUCUGGUGGAAAGAAUGGGUUACAAGAUUCCAAAUCAUUCAAUUCAUCUUGGACGUUGCUUUCAUCUACUUCAUCGCAUACCAAAAAAUAGCUCAAGAAUACAUCACUGUUUUGCCUAUGUGUGGUGAAUGUGUAGGUUCAACCACCGCUGCUUUGUCCGGUGCCUCAAUCAUCACCUCUUACUUAUUCUUGUUCUGCGCUUUCUACAUUGAAGUUUACAAACGUUCUGGCGCCAAGAAGAGAGCUUCUGCUGCCGAAAAGAAGGACUCUUCUUCUGCUUCCGCUGCCUCAACUGCUACCUCUGCUCAAGAUUCAGAUCUAAGAAAAAGAAAGUAA